CAGGGCAGCGCCGAGGCGUGAAUUAUUGGAGGUGGAUCCUGGUUUGGCUGGGAGUCUGGCCAACAUUGUUCCCAAAGGACAGGAGUCUUCCCACAAUCCCCAGCGCUGUGGCUUGGAGGAAAGGCCUGUGUCGAAGGACUUUGUGGACGAUCCAGAAGUGCCUCCACUUAUGUGAGCGAAACACACAGAGAGAGAGAGAGAGAAUAUGCUUGAUAUGACACAGCAAGAGAGCAUAAGCAUAAUCACACUCUCUGCUGAGCUUGUGGAAGUGUGUGUGUGUGCGCAAUGAAAUAAUGCAAGAUAUAUUUAGCUGUCUUGGUUAGACGUAUAGUUGAGCUGAUGAGUAAUUGAAAGGCUCAUUAAAGCUGGCUGAUGAAUAUUUCACCGCUGUAGAUCCUUCACUUUCAAUGUUCUCUGUCACACACACAGACAUUCAUUUAUUGAUAAACAGUCAUGUCUGUUUUUGUUAUAAUGGUUUAAUGUCAGAUGUU